AUGCCCGACUCUGGAAGCGACAACCCCGAAGCUGGACCAAAGGGAGGCUCUCCAUCGACAGUCUCGAGGCGAUUCACAGCAGAUAUCGAUACACGAUGGGGUGAUCUCCUGCUUCUAGUAUGCUUCUUCAUAGCUGGUCUAGUUGACAGCGCUGCCUUCAAUAUGUAUGGCUGUUUCGUCAGUAUGCAAACAGGAAACACAAUCUUUGUCGGUCUAGGCGUCAGCCAUCAACCAGAGAACCUCCCAAGCAAAGCCUGGUCACGCUGUUUGGUCGCCAUCGUCUGUUUCGGAGUUGGAGCUCUCUUCUUUUCCACCGUCCACCGUCACUUCGGUCCUCAAAAACGCUGGGUUCUCAUCCUGUCUUUCUUCAUCCAGGCCAUCCUCACCGGUCUUGUCGCCCUCCUUGCCACUACUGGCGCCGUGUGGAACAACCCCCACGGUCGAGAAACAGUUCACGAAGAUGGCUGGAUCAUUGAAAGGGUGCAAAACUCCUUCCCAGCAUCCGACUACGCUGCUAUCGCCAUCCUUGCGUUCCAGAGUGCCGGCCAGAUCGUUGCUAGCCGAGCCCUCAAGUUCAACUCUAUGCCUACAGUUGUGCUGACUAGUUUGUACUGCGACAUGAUGAGCGAUGCAACGCUUUUCACCGCGCCCCUUACUGAUAACGCUGAGCGUAACCGAAGAGCUUCCGGGGCCGUUCUUCUUUUCCUUGGUGCUGUUUGUGGUGGUUUCUUGUCCAAGUCUUGGGUUGGCUUCGCUGGUGCUCUUUGGAUUGCCGCGUUUCUCAAGUUGUGCAUCACGUUUGCCUGGGCACUUUGGAAGCCCAAGUCUGCCGGCAAGUAA